UCUGAAGGAGAGUUUUAUCCUGCAACAGCUGUGGAGUUUUGGAAAGAGCCGCUUGAAAUCUUUUGGAAAAGGUUUUUGAUAUAAUGUCACCAUCUCUGAGCUGAGGAGAACUGGAGCAGCAACGGUCAACCAAUGCAGAAGGAGAGAGAGAUUCAGGAAGGAAACUACAGAGGGGCAGAAGAUUCUCAGAUUGGCAGUCCGACAACACAGACGUAAACUGGCUGUUUUGGGGUAAUGAUGAAAAGGAAGAAGAAUUUAGUGGAGGACAGCACCACGCUUAUCGGCCUCUCGGACCAUCCUGAUCAAACCUACGGAAGCAUGGAGGCGUGUGCGGCAGCUCAGGAAGACAAGAAUGUGUUCAGUGAUGGGGUCACCCGGAUCGAUUUUGUCUUGGUUUGGGAGGAAUCUGUGAACCCCCUAAAGUCGGCAGAAUCAGACGAGCUAUCGUCCGGUUCCUCGCGUGACACUCACAGGAAGUGGAGGACAGAGUUUCUUUCCAAACUCCAGACGGCCGGCCUUCAUCUGGAGACGAAAGAGGUUGUGCAGGGAAAAACAAAGACUACUUACGCUCUGCUGAGUGCGCCCUGGAAUGUUCUGUGUUAUUAUGCUGAGGAGAUCAGUAUUCGAGUACCGUUACAGGUUGUGACAACUCCAAUAUCAAACUGGUCUGAGAGGAUCCUAGAAAAACUGCACAUCCCAAACAUAAUGGCACAAGAUGUGCCCAACCUUCCACCUGACUACUACACCUGCCAGUUCCGCACCAAUAAACUAGAGAGGUUUCUAGGUCAUGAAAACAAGGAUACUUUUUUCAAGACCACACAGAGGCACCAGAUACUGUAUGAGAUAUUAGCCAGGACUCCAUAUGGAUCAUUGAAGAGAGGGGAGGUUGGCGUCGGCAGGCUGGUUAGUGAGAAUGUUCUCACUGCUGCUUUUCCUUUACAUGAGGGUCCAUUUGAGAUACCAAAGACCCCAGGAGAUCCACAGUCUCUCAACAUGAGACAGAUCCUGCAUCAUUAUUGGGCUCGCUGGGCUUGCUGGAAGAAGUACCAACCUCUGGAUCACAUUCGUGAAUAUUUUGGCGAGAAAAUAGCACUCUACUUUGCAUGGUUGGGUUUCUACACUGGCUGGUUAUUACCAGCAGCAGUAGUGGGUUUUAUUGUUUUUCUGUUUGGUAUCUGGCUGAUGGUCACUGAUGUGGCAGCAGAAGAACUGUGCUCUAGUGGAGACAUCUUUGUCAUGUGUCCGCUAUGCAACAUCUGCAGCUACUGGAACCUCUCCAGCAUCUGCUAUACUUAUAAGGCAGGCUUGCUAUUUGACAAUGGAGGAACUGUGUUCUUCAGUAUAUUCAUGUCUCUGUGGGCUGUCACCUUCCUGGAGUACUGGAAACGCACAUGCUCCAUACUCUCCCACAGAUGGGACUGCUCAGAAUUUGAAGAAAUAGAGGAGAGGCCAAGACCAGAAUUCACAGCACUGGCACCCAUGACGGUUCGCAAUCCUGUGACUGGAGCUGAAGAGCCCUAUUUCCCAGAGACUCAACGACUGAGUCGUACACUAACUGGCAACAUGGUCAUCAUUCUAAUGAUUUCCAUUGUUUUGAUAUUCCUAAUAGCCAUUAUCCUGUAUCGAACCAUCCUAAGCAUCAUUAUCUACAGAUCUCAGAAUGCCUUCUUCAUAUUUUCAGCUGGAAGGAUAGCCAGCCUUACUGGUUCUAUGCUGAAUUUGCUGGUUAUUCUGUUGUUGUCACGGCUCUACACUUACCUGGCCCAAAUUCUGACACGUUGGGAAAUGCACCGCACCCAGACCAAAUAUGAGGACGCGUUCAUCCUCAAGGUCUUCAUCUUCCAGUUUGUCAACUUCUACUCAUCUCCUGUUUACAUUGCGUUUUUCAAGGGCAGGUUUGUUGGAUACCCUGGAAACUAUAACACACUCCUAGGAAUCCGAAAUGAGGAUUGUGGAGCCUCUGGAUGUCUCAUUGAGCUAGCUCAAGAGCUGUUAGUCAUCAUGGUAGGCAAACAGGUCAUCAGCAACAUCCAGGAAUUUGUCUUGCCUAAAUUAAAGACAUGGUGGAACAGGAGAAAGCUGAAGCCAGCUCCCAGUCAGGAGAUGAUAGAUGAACCAAACAGCAACCCAGAGCUCAGCCCAUGGGAAGCAAACUAUCAGCUGCUGGUAUGUGAGGGGCUGUUUGAUGAGUAUCUAGAAAUGGUUCUGCAGUUUGGCUUCAUCACCAUCUUUGUAGCAGCCUGUCCCUUGGCUCCGUUGUUUGCCUUGAUAAAUAACUGGGUGGAGGUGCGUCUCGAUGCCCAGAAAUUUGUGUGUGAGUACCGCAGGCCCGUCGUGGAAAGAGCACAAGACAUUGGCAUCUGGCUGACCAUCCUAAAUUUCAUCUCCUACCUGGCUGUCAUCAGCAAUGCUUUCCUGAUUUCCUUCACGUCUGAUUUCCUGCCACGACUCUUUUAUCGCUACACUACAGGCAGCAUGAGAGGAUACAUCAACUUCACCCUCUCAGUGGCCCCUGCAAACUUCACCCAAAGCCACAUGACAUGCAGAUACCGAGGCCUCAGGGAUGAUAAAGGACAGUCCACACAAGAUUACUAUCAUCUGCUGGCCAUUCGACUGAGUUUCGUCAUUAUAUUUGAGCAUGUUGUUCUCUUGAUUGGACGUGUUAUUGACUGGAUGGUGCCAGAUAUUCCAGAGGAGGUGGAAAUUAAGAUCAAACGAGAGCAUUACAUGGCCAAAGAGGCACUGGCUGAAAAUCAGUCUUUGAGUAAAACUGUUCUGGGGGACAUGGAGAGGCAAAUCUCUGAGCUGCGACAAAGAGGAAGAAUACAGAGUCCUAUGAACAAUAGCUUGUCUCCGUCCAGUCCACCUCCUGAACAUGAAGACAAACCUACAGUCUGAUAUUUGACACUUUUUAUAAGUCAGGCUGGUGACUCUACAAUGUAUAGAUGAUUUUGUCAACUGUUGCCUAUUGAUUAUUAAUGACUUAACUCCUUUUAUGAUGGGCAUUAGAAAAUAAUGUUUCAGAGACCUACCCUGCAUCCUAAUUUUAAUGCCGUCUUAAAUUACACAAGGUUCAAUCAUUGUGAAUCACUGUCUGAUAUUAUAAUAUGUGUACAACUGUAUGCUGAACAUACUUGGGUUAUAUACAGUUGAGAUCAAAAGUUUAUAUACACCUUGCAGAAUCUGCAAAAUGUUAAUUAUUUGACAAAAAUAAGAGGGAUCAUACAAAAUGCAUGUUAUUUUUUAUGUAGUACUGACCUGAAUAAAAUAUUUCACAUGAAGACGUUUACACAAGAGAAAAUAAUAGUUGAAUUUAUAAAAAUGACCGUGUUCAAAAGUUUACAUAUGCUUGAUUCUUAAUACUGUGUUGUGACCUGAAUGAGUGUUUUUAUUAAGUCAUAGUUGUUCAUGAGUUCUUGUUUGUCCUGAACAGUUAAACUGCCUGCUGUUCUUCAGAAAAAACCUUCGGGUCCUACAAAUUCUUUGGGUUUUCAGCAUUUUUGUGUAUUUGAACCCUUUCCAACAAUGACUGUAUGAUUUUGAGAUCCAUCUUUUCACACUGAGGACAACUGAGGGACUCAUAUGCAACUAUUACAGAAGGUUCAUAUGCUCACUGAUGCUUCAGAAGGAAAAAAACAUGCAUUGAGCCAGGGGGUGAAAACUUUUGACCAUUUUUUUUUUUUUUU